AUGGCAGAGGAAACACCAAAAUUUGCCUUAGUUACUGGAGCAAACAGAGGGAUUGGAUUUGAGAUAUGCAGACAAUUAGUGAGCAAUGGUAUUAGUGUUGUUUUGACCUCUAGAGAUGAGAAAAGAGGACUUGAAGCUGUUGAGACACUGGAGAAAGAGACUGGAGUUUCUGAUCAAAGCCUUGUCUUUCAUCAGCUUGAUGUGUGUGAUCUUGAUAGUAUCACUUCUCUUGCUGAGUUUGUGAAAACCCAAUUUGGGAAACUCGAUAUCUUGAUCAAUAAUGCAGGGGUUAGUGGUAUAAUCACUGAUGCUGAUGCUUUAAGAGCUGGGCCAGGGAAAGAAGGUUUCAAGUGGGACGAAAUCAUCACAGAGACUUAUGAGCUAGCUGAAGAAUGCAUCAAGAUUAACUAUUAUGGACCAAAGAGGAUGUGUGAGGCAUUUAUUCCCCUUUUGCAAUUAUCUGAUUCUCCGAGAAUCGUCAAUGUAUCAUCCUCCAUGGGUCAACUAGAGAAUAUACUAAACGAAUGGGCAAAAGGAAUCCUCAGCGACGCGGAGAAGCUCACGGAGGAAAGAAUCGAUGAAGUGAUCAACCAACUUCUUAAAGAUUUGAAAGAGGAUCCGGUUAAGACGAAAAAUUGGGCUAAAGUUAUGUCCGCAUACGUGGUUUCGAAGGCCGGUUUGAACGGUUACACGAGGAUCUUGGCGAAGAAACAUCCCGAAUUUCGAGUAAACUCGGUUUGUCCUGGAUUUGUUAAAACGGAUAUGAAUUACAAGACUGGAGUUUUGUCUGUGGAAGAAGGAGCAUCAAGUCCUGUGAGAUUGGCUUUGCUUCCACAUCAAGAAACUCCUUCUGGUUGUUUCUUUGAUCGCAAGCAAAUUUCAGAGUUUUGA